AUGGCCUCACGCUCACUGGGCGAGCUCUUGCUCCGCCCAUCUACCUUCACCCGCACACAACAGCCCAGGCCGUCAUGGCCAGCCACAGCCCACCGCAGCCUCUCCACAACACCCAAGCACUCCGCCCAACCCAAACGGAAAGAAGACGACGAGCCCGACUUUGCCCAGACGCAAUCGCCAUCGCAACCGCAGUCCACAGACUCGGCACAGCAAGCCCGGCAGGCCUCGCAGGCGGAAACCACGAGGACAAUCGACUCGCUCUUCGCCGGCAUAUCUUCGAACAGCAGCAGCGCACCGACCCCACCCUCAUUCGCAUCACGUAGUGCCCCCUCGUCAGGCGACGACAUCCGCGCCGCACGCUCCAACCACAUCUUCGGCUCUGAAUUCAGUCCAGCGGGGCGGGGCAGCCGGUUUCGCCGCACGCCGACGUUGAAUUUCGACUCGAUGGCGCUGCCGGACGGCAUGCUCAACCCUUCGCUCUCCAACAAGCCGUCGGAGGCGGCGGCGCUGGCCACGCAGCAGGAGGAAGUGUUUGCCAAUUAUCCGCGCUUGGACCCGACGUAUGGGCGCAGCGUUGACUUGGAUAAUAGCAGGGGGAGGGAUCUGGUGAGGGGGAUUGGCAUGCUGGCGAGUUUGGUGGCGAGGAACAAGAUUAAGAAUGAUUUUGCAAAGCAGAAGUUUCAUGAGCGGGGUGGGUUGAAGAGGAAGAGGCUGAAUAGUGAGAGGUGGAGGGCAAGGUUCAAAGUUGGCUUUACUCGGAUUACGAGUCGGGUUAGUGAGUUGACGAGGAAAGGGUGGUAG